CCACACCACUCUCCUCCAGCUGCUACAUGAACAAGGACUCUGAUCCGUCUCCGGUAGUCCAAAGCAUCCCUGAUCUGAAGGAAUCUGAUGGAGGACAAGUCAAUGAGCUAAAGAGGAUUCAAGCAGGAGAGCCAGAACAACUUACUGAAUAUUUAAUCAAGCACACGAGGAGGUGAAGUGGAGAAAGACUUGAAGGUAGAGAUUCACAGAGUUUGGAAGAAAAGCGCAGAAAGCAUGAGUACCUCAGGGUACCGCAGGGACACAAAGAACAACGAGGAGGUGGAUGAAGAUGAGCUUUUGGCCUCUCUCUCCUUCGACGAGCUCCAGGAGCUGGAGAGGGAGCUGGCUGUGCUCGAUGACAACAUCCCGAUCGGCCUGAGGCAGAAAGACCAGACGGCCAAAACACCGACAGGGACCUUUGACCGGAACUCUCUGCUGACAUAUUGGGAGGAGGAGAACAAGGCGCUGCUUAAAGACGACAUACUGGAGCCUGUAGGGCAGGAGGGACACCCGGAUAAGAUCAUCGAGGAGCAAGUGACAGUCUCCACUAGCAUCAAGAGUAAGACUCUGGACGGGGACAGAAAGAAGAUGUUGCAUAAGGGGAAGAAGGCACAGAGUGCCGUGAGCAAAACUGAUGCAAAGCAAGAUGAAAAGAAAGACGAGUGUAAAAAGGAGGCUCUGAUCAGGAGUAAAUGUCCCUCAAAGAACGGUGUGUCGAAAGGCACUCGGAGUGAGUCUAGGAGGACUGAAACUGCAAACCAAAACCUGAACGCAGACUCUGACAGACUAAGCGGGAACCCGACAAUCAUUGACAAAACUCUGGAGCAGAUCCUGUGUGACGAUCCCACCAUGAGGGAGGUCAAUCUCAACAACAUCGAAGACAUUUCCCAGGAAACCUUGCUUCGUUUCGCAGAAGCCCUGUGCUCAAACACUAAUGUCCACGUUUUCAGUCUGGCCAACACCCAUGCGGAUGACCGGGUCGCCUUUGCUAUCUCCAAGAUGCUCAGAGAGAACGGCUGCAUCCAAAACCUGAACAUCGAGUCAAACUUUGUGUCUGGUCAGGGCAUAUUGGCUGUGCUGGCGGCGCUUCAGCACAACAGGACACUGGUGGAGCUUCGCUUCCACAACCAGAGGCACAUCUGUGGGGGGAAGGUGGAGAUGGAGAUGGUCCAGCUGCUGAGGGAAAACACCACUCUGCUCAAGCUUGGGUACCAGUUUGAUCUCCCAGGCCCGAGGAUGACGGCGACCAGUAUCCUGACACGCAACCAGGACCAACAGCGACAGAGGAGGCUGCAACAGAAGAAGGACCAGAGUCCUCCAGAGGUGUCCGGACAAAGUCCUGGAUCGUCUGCAGAAAACAAAACACCAAAGAAGCCUUUACAACCGUUCAAGAAGGUUGAGAAUCAGAACAGAAAUCCUCCAUCUUUAGACCAACCGACGAGAAAGAUCGCCGAAAUGGUCAAACAGCACGAGGGCUCAAACAUCACAAAGAGUCAGUCGAACCUGAAGAAGACAAAGUCAAAGAAGCUGAAGAACGGCGCCAAUGAAAAGGAGAGUGCAGAUAUUGUCAAAGACCUGAAGAACUCGUUGAAGCCGUCAGUCCAGAAGAGACGAGACGAGCCGCCACGCCUGCCGCCACCACAGAGGUCAAGUCGUGAUGACCUGAUGGCAGCAAUUCGAGGGAGCAGCAUCAUGUCCUUAAAAAGGGUGGAUCCGACACUGGCCUGAGCUCACCUGCUGAUCCCACCUCAACUUUUCUCACUUUGUAUUGAAAUAUUACAUUUUUAAUUCACACUGAAUGUCACUCUUAAAUAUUAUCAUAUUGAACAACAGAUUGCAUCUUUUGUGUGUUCCAGAUUUCACUGUUGCAUUUUUUUAAUGGUGAAACAUAAUGGGAAUUCUCAUUUGCAGAUCAAUAUAAUUUAUGUUCUGACUCAGUUUUGCAAAAUAAAACACAAAAGGUUUUCUUACAACACUUACUUCUUACAGACAUUAAUAUUCUCAUGUCUUUACUGUUGUUUUUUUCUUUUGUCUCACGAUCAGAACAAUACUUAAUGGUUGGAAACACUUCAAUUUAAACAAGUUAAAGGAGCAGUAUAUAACUCUGACCCCUAGUGUUUAAAAUGGGUACUGCAGUCUAAAUUCUAAACAUUGUGGAGAGCUGUCUCCCCCCGCCCCCUCCUCUCUAGAGUCGAUGCUCACACAGGUUGCCAUGUGGUGGACACUGAAGCUUCAGUGUUUAUCCAGCUCUGCAUCGGUCUGUAAACCUUUCUGCGUUCUAACCUCUCUCCAUUUUUCAAAAGCAUCUCCAAUAUUGAUCCUAGUUUGAGCACGUUUCUGCUCGUGGAGCUUAUUAGAAACAUGCAGAGGCUUUUUAGGUCGGGUACAAUCACUUCUAUCUGAACCAGUUCUCUUGCCCGCUUCCAUCACUGCAACACCUGUUGGUUUGACCUGAUAACUGCUCUCAUAUCUGGCAAACCGAGGGGCGUCCAAAACGGCCGUGUGGGGGUGCCUUAAAACUGCCUACCUUCUCUGGUCCAAACAAAUCCAGAGCAUUCAGGACCAGAAACUAAAGUUAGAAGGAGGACAUACUGGCUGCUGCAUUGUUGUCAGAGAAGCCAGCACUUCAACAUAGCAUGUUUCCUUAAUGUCUGAUCAUAUAGUAAGGUCAAUUUAUUUUUGUGGAAUUCAAAUGUUUUUAUUGAAUUUUUCAAGGGCAUGGUACAUGGCAUUAACACAUUUAUGUUUCAAGGUUACAGUAACACUUAGUUUACACAAAUCGUGGAGGCAGACUUAAGUACACAGAUCCAGUGAACAUAAACAACUACAGCAGCAAGCUCGAAAUGGUCAUCCUUUCAGAGAUGAGACGGAAAAUUAUUUGGGCAUGUCAUCCACCUUUAUGUAGUCCCAGAACCUGUCCCAGGGAGACCCCGCCUCCACCCUACUGUCUCUGAGUCUGUUUAGCAUACACUCAUAAGAUGCUGUUUCAGUCAUUGCACUGACCCAUUCUUUUACAUGUGGGGCCUUCGAUGUUUUCCAGUGUAGUAGGGUCACUUUAUCAUUUCAGUCACUACACGUCUCACUGAUUGCUCCUUUAAUUUACAAAGGAUAGUGUGUUCUUUAGGCUCCAAUCUGACAUUUGGUUUUACUACUCAGUUUUCUUUUUUCAAUGAAUAACUCGUGUUGUUAAAGACGGCUCCCAGCGAGAAUAAACCCGACAACGAACUCACUCAGAGAUGUAAGAUGAGCUAACGAACUGCAGCUGCUGCUUUACUGUCCAUCAACACACAUACACUCCCAGUUAAUAACAAGACAGAGAUCCAGACAGGUUUACAGUGUGUGCGACAGGCAAUGUGUUUUUCACUGUGUACACUACAGCUGAUUAUGUUACACUACGAGUCUCUCAAUAAAAAACAACAAAAACAAAAUCUUUGUUUUGUUGAUGUUUUUAAAUAGUCUGGGAUCAUGGGAGUUGUUGUCUUUGUUGUU